AUGUGGUUCAUCAGUCUCACUCUGCUCAUCCUGAAGUUGUCCGUUUUUGCCGAAGGAUUUUCGACGUGCCAGUCGUACGAUUUAGAGGAUCACAAGUCGAAGAGGAUAGAGGCGGUACGCGGCCAGAUUCUGAGCAAACUGCGCAUCCGCUCGCCGCCCGAAACUGAACCGAGCCCGCGGCCAGACAAGGUGCCCUUCGAAGUCAUGCUGCUUUAUAACAGCACCAAGGAUCUGUUAAAGGAUCGAGCCCUCCAAGCCGAGUCCGCCUGCGAGCGGGAGAGCAGUGAGGAGGAUUACUACGCCAAAGAGGUACAGCGUAUAGACAUGAUGCCGCGCACAGAUUCCAAUACAAUAAACACAGUGCCACAGAGUCCAUACUUCAAGGUGGUGAGGUUCGACAUCUCUAACCUAGACAGGAACGCUAGCGCUCUUGUCAAAGCAGAAUUUCGUAUCUACAGGGUGCAAAACACACAGGCUCGCGCCUCAGAGCAGCGGGUGGAGAUAUACCAGGUUUUAAAAUCAAAUGAUGUUACAAGUUCCUCACAUAAAUACAUUGACUCCAGAACAGUACAGCCACGAGCCAAAGGAGCAUGGCUGUCUGUCGACGUCACUGAGACUGUGAAAGAGUGGAUGGCAUAUAGAGAAAAGAACCUGGGUAUGAUGCUUAGUGUUCAUUGUCCUUGCUGCACAUUUCUUCAAUCCGCAAACAAUAUCACGCCCAACAAGAGUGAGGAGCUGGAAGCUCGAUUUGCAGGUGUUGAUGAUGACCUUAUUCGCCAGCAGAGGAGGCCCAGUUUAACUAAAGGCCAGCUAGAGUUCAGUACUAAAACACCACACCUCAUACUGACCCUUUUGCCUACGGAUCGUUUGGAAAACCCAAACAGAAAGAAUCGUAAGAAGAGGGCAGCCGCAGACUCGACAUGCUUAAGAAAUGGAGAUCAAGGCUGCUGUUUAAGGUCUCUGUACAUUGACUUCCGUCGAGACCUAAACUGGAAGUGGAUCCAUGAACCAAAAGGUUACAAAGCAAAUUUCUGUGCUGGUAACUGUCCCUACAUAUGGAGCGCAGACAAUCACUACAAUAUGAUUUUGCCACUUUAUAACAAAUUAAAUCCAGAGGCAUCAGCGUCUCCCUGCUGUGUACCUCAGGACCUGGAGCCCCUCACUAUUGUUUAUUUCAUGGGUCGUAAUCCGCGAGUGGAGCAGCUCUCAAACAUGGUGGUCAAAUCCUGCAAAUGCCGCUGACCAAUAAAAAUAUGCAAGUGGAGGAACUCAAAAGAUGGAGCUUCAAGGUGGUGCACAGGAGAGGAUGCGGGAGGUGCAGUAGAGUAUCGACAGUGUCUCUGGACAGCCGGAAGUCCCAGCAUACACACCUGAGAUGUUGGUGUGCAUGUUCUUUCCUCAGGUUUCACUUAUUUGGAGUUGACUCAGAGAGCUGAUAAAUGUAUUCAAACAACGCUUUCACCAACUGAAACUGUUUCAGGUACAUAAUGCCAUUAAAUCUUAUACUUCAGGUUUCAACGUUACUUUAAUUAUAGUGUUUUUAUCUUUUUAUCGGAGCUUCAGUUAUAUUACAGUAUUCAUGAUGGUGGUAGUCAAAAAACACAGGGUGUUAAGAGAGUGAACCUAGUUGAGCAAGAGCAGGUUUUUGUAGAACUGUAGAGCAGUUUUGUUUGUUCUUCAUUACGCAAAUGUAAAUAAUUUCCACAGUCUGGUAAGAGUUGUAAACGUUUAUAUUUCAAAUAAAAAAAAUGAUUACAUGA